CCACAAAAUGGCUGACGGACGGGGGAGUAUUUAUCUGCUCCUGUGUAUUUCCCUCAUUUUCUGUCAACAAAUUGGCCUCAGCGAGCAAAUUGCCGUGCCUAUCGUUAGCGGCAUACGAGCUGAUGAAGGUGCCUCCUCAAAAUACGUGGACGGCGUCCUGGAAAUCAUAGCAGGGAGCUUGACAAAGCUGAGAAUUUUCGGAGCCAACCUCGGCCCAGGUACCAAAGUGGCAUUCACAACGAAUCCAGGAAAUGUCACUACAGACUGUACUCACCUACGAAGGUCGGAGACGUUUUCAGUUAUUGAAAGCGAUGACGAUAAAACAACUGCGCUGCUUGAGGUCACCCUCCAGGAACUGCGCGACGAUGAAGAAUACUAUUUCAUUUGUGUGCAGAUCCCCGAUGAGUCGUUACCGUUACUCCCAGGAGCAGAUUCGGUGACGUCGUCCGCCUCCGCAACAGGGGGCAGUGUCGACAUGCAAAAGCUAGACAAUGUUGCAGUCACAAAGUUCACCCAUCAGGGUAUGGACAAAUGGUGCAUAUUUAAAACAGCACCAGAGGUGAAACCGACAACGUUGAUGCCGAUUUGGUUACAGUGUUGUUUGAUUGCAUUUUUACUCACUUUGUCUGGGUUGUUUUCCGGGUUGAAUUUAGGCCUGAUGGCAUUGGACCAGACGGAGUUAAAGGUGAUCGAAAAAUGCGGAAAGGAAAAGGAAAAACGGUAUGCACAUGUCAUACAGCCGUUGAGAAAGCGAGGAAAUUUCUUGUUGUGCUCAUUGUUAUUGGGCAAUGUAUUGGUCAAUAAUACUAUGACGAUAUUGUUAGACGAUUUGACUAGUGGUAUUAUCGCUGUUAUUGGUGCCACAUUAGGUAUUGUGAUAUUUGGAGAAAUUGUUCCCCAGAGUAUUUGCUCAAGACAUGGUCUUGCAGUCGGUGCCAAAACGAUAUGGGUCACAAAAAUAUUCAUGCUGCUAACAUUUCCGCUAUCAUUCCCGAUAAGUAAACUUCUUGAUUGCAUUCUUGGUGAGGAAAUCGGCCAGGUGUAUAAUCGUGAAAAACUGAUGGAACUUAUCAAAAUUUCUAGCAAUGACUUAGAAAAAGGCGAGAUUGAUAUCAUAUCCGGUGCAAUGGAAUUCAGUAAAAAGACGGUCAAGGAUGUGAUGACGCCCUUAGACGAUGCUUACAUGAUCUCGGAAGAUAAUGUCCUCGAUUUUGAGACGAUGUCAGAAAUAAUGAAAAGGGGGUACUCUCGGAUUCCGGUGUAUGGGGAUAAGCGCUCCAAUAUUAUUGCUCUGCUAAACAUCAAGGAUUUGGCGUUCGUCGAUCCAGACGACAAGACGCCUCUCAAAGCAAUCUGUCAGUUUUACAAUCAUCCUAUCAGUUUUGUCUACGAGGAUGAUAAACUCGAUAACAUGUUGGCCGAAUUCAAAAAAGGUCAUUCCCACAUGGCAUUCGUUCAGCGUAUCAACAGCGAAGGAGAAGGCGACCCAUUCUAUGAGAUUAUUGGCUUGCUAACUUUAGAAGACAUCAUUGAAGAGAUUAUUCAGGCGGAGAUAGUCGACGAGACUGACACAAUCACUGACAACAAAAUGAAGAAUCCUCGUAACCUGAAGAGACAGGAUUUCACCAUGUUCAACGCCCCUGAUGAGCAACAUAAGCCACGGAUGUCUCCACAGCUCUCACUUGCCACUUUCCAGUAUCUGUCCACUACCUUGGAUCCUUUCAAAUCCGAGUGGAUCUCCGAGACGGUCUUGCAGCGUCUUCUGAAACAGGACAUCGUGGUCAACUUGCAAUACAAGCCGAAUGCAGAAGCGGAAGGCUCCAAUGAAAAUGUGAUAUUCAAGGCAGGCAUGCCGUGUGACUUCUUUGCGAUGAUCCUGAUUGGUCGAGUUCAGGUCGAAAUUGGCAAGGAGAAGUUGAUAUUUGAGGGCGGGCCGUUUAUGUACUUCGGUGUGCAGGCUCUUCAAGGAGUUCCACCAAUUCUGACCAGGUCCCAGAGCAGUGGAAGUAUUGCCAGCUUGGCCAGCGUUGGGCCGAGUUACUACCACAGACAACCCACCUACAACCCAGACUUCUCGGUGAAGGCACUCACCGACGUACAAUUCUUAAAGAUCCACCGUGCACACUACGUGGCGGCCUACCGCGCCACGCUGGUCGAACGACACCCGAAAUCAUCGCACCACGAAACCCAGGACGCCGAGGACCCAUUCUUGAAGGAAUGGUCGCGCUGUCAAUUGCCCAGGGAAGCCCCGUUAGCUGCCGGUGAGGACGAUGACGACAAUGCUCAAGACAAAAACAAUGAUAGCUCUGACAAGGUCAGUGUUAAUUCGUUGUCCGUGAGGCUGAUUGACUCCGAUGGUAACCCUACGGAUUCUGGUAAAGACCACCCAACAAAACUCUGACAAAGGUCCCCUGGUAAGGCGGAGUCUUACCAAAGUUUCUAACCUGUCAUUUCUGCCGUGACAUCUUGAACACUUAGUAUAAAUAAGUGCCCAAUGUACUACAAUGUACUACAUGUCAAAUAAAAAAUGUCCUACUUUCAUUUCGCAAUUAGACUCUCUUGUUUCUGUUUGGAAUGUUUUAACUAAAUGUUCCGAUUUUGUAAACAAGAUGCAUUUUAGGAGUAACUUUCAUUGUGGAAGGAACUAUUGACGAUCUAAAGUAUGACAUGUUUUCUUUGACACUUAGUAUGAUAUGUUGCAUAACAUGUACUGUGUACCAUGUAUUGAGUUUGGUACUGCAUUUGGUGUACUUCAAAAAUUGGGAUUUACCAUUUCGAUUCAGUAGCAGCAGUUUUCACCUAACACUAGACUGUAUGUGCACUAAUAAUAUCAUUGCUUCUACUGGUACAUUUGUUGUUGUUGGGGUAGAAAUUAAGACACUGUACCUCAAAGAAUGUGGAAUCGAAUUUCCCAAGUUUGGUAUUCAUCUGUCUGUACUUGAACCGGGCACUGAUCCUACCAAAUGGACUUUGGCGUUUUUCGUGUCACACCCUACAUGAUUUCCUGUGCCAUGGAUAAUGGUAAGGUUAUGUACAUAGUGUUGAUAGGAGUGGCUAGUACCAAUUGUGUUGUGAUACAUGCAGAAGCUCCAUGACCUUGUGUGUUUGUCGUGAAUGGUUGGAGAGUGAGGAAAAUAGUUCUAGAAUUUUGUAUAAUAAAAUGGAAAAGGGAAAAGCAAGUACAAGUUGUUUGAAGGGCUGGUGCUCGAAUCACUGGUUUGCCUUUUUAGGGGCUUGGAGACCAUAGGCAAAGGGUUACAUGAUGUUAUGUAUGAUUUGAACAAAUAACAGAAAUGGCUGCAUUCAGAUCAAACUUGUUUCUUUAGCAAAAACCCAUGCAUCAUACAAACUUAGAACAAAUACCAGUUUUUCGGGUCCAAAGUUUUGUCAGAUCUUUGAACGUGUUGAAGAGGUAUGAAAAUGUUCAGACCAGUAAAUCAUGAAUGUCUAAGGAUCUCUUCUUGUUUUCAUUCCAUGAUAAAACAGUUACCUCCGGUAAUCAUGCUCAACGAAAAAUUAUUUGAUUCUCGCAGUUUGCAAGCGCAUGUGGCGGACAGCAAAUUUUUUUGUUUGAUUUUCUUUCUUUCUUUGAUAAGCAGUAUCAAAUGCCUGGAAAAUGAAUUCCCCAAUUUGUUGAGAAUAAGACAGGUCAUCCAGCUUGCUGCGCUGGCCUGUCGUGGAAAAGAAAAAAGUUAUUCAAUAAAGGUGGGGAAAAUGUGUUGUUGGGGUCUUUCAGUGAAAUGUUGUUGUGUUCAUCUGGUAUUAAAGUAAAGCAUGAUUGCAUCCCACAUGGAAAAAUAUGCACCAACAGUUUGUCCUAUGGAUAGCGAAAAAAUUGGAAAAUGUACACACAUUGAUUUUUUGUGCAUUCACCAUAGAGUAAUCCGCAGCAUAUGAUGUCAUAUUUUCCAUGUUACCAGAUGGACACAGUUGUGGUUUCGGCCUCGGGACGUCCUGUAUAGCCAGGACGCAAACGGAUAACAUUUUUCUGGUACAUGAUUAAUUUUGAUGUGAUUUGUACUCACGCUGACUUCUUUUCAAAACGAAAGCUUAACGAUGGAUGUUGUUUGGAAAGCGACAGUAUGAGAAUCUGAUGGUUUUUCUACAAUUUUCCCAAAUUAGCCCUUGAUCACAAAAUAUUCUAGUCUUUUCAUUUUUCGCUUUACAAGUUCAUACCUGAGGUUGAUUUGAGCGUAAAAAUUAUUUGUUCUUCAGAAAUUACUGUUAAUGGCCAAAUAUUCGUUUGCAAUUGCACAUAUGAAAACCAAAAGAAAUUUUGUAAUCCACCAAAAUAAAAAUCAUAGAAAUUUUAUUCGGAAAUUUUUCUCGAAUUGCUAAAAUAAAGCGAUAUGGAAAUUGGCAAAUAUAGUUCCUUUAACCUCAAUUGUGAAUCUUUUCACAUCAUCUCUGUGUUUUUAAAAGUUUGCCUGAUCCUUUUUGCACUUGCACUGUUUUAUGUGAUGCGAUUAAAAUUUCAGUAUUCUACGUUGAUUUCAGGUUAAUUUUUGUUGAUGAAAGCUUUUUGUCACGUUUGUCCCAGUAGCCUCAUGACUUCGAUAUGCAAACUGGUUCAAUGUAUCCAUCUUGUCCGUAAGGUUGUUUUUUAACUUUGGGCCUUAUAAUGUCAGGGAUAUCAGCAUAGUGUGCUUUCUUGGUGAUGACUGCAUGGAGCCAUCAUCACAUGAUGAUUCCCCUCCACUUUUGUGAAAAAAGUAUAGCUGUCAACUCUUCACAUCCUAGGGAGUCAGGAGUUAAUGUUCACUUCUCCAUGUUCUCCGGCCCUGCUCACUAACCCUCCCCCCCCCAGACAUUUCCCCCUUAUUGGCCAACAAAGGCACAAAACAAAAUUCGCUAAUUAGAGCGUCGCUAGUAUCUGAUUCAAGGAUUUUCAAUAGAGCAAUGAUACCCAAAUUCGCAUUUCCAUUGGUUGUUAUUUUGCCAAUAGGGAAAAAAUCCUAAACAUCAUCUCAGAGGUCCGCACUGCAUCUCAAAGUAAGUAACCUUAGUUCUAGGAUUCUAGGCAAACCAUUUCCAUUCAUGAAAAUCAUGAGAAGUACUGGAACCGAGGUUGACAGUUAAAAGCAUGGAUGUUGACUUAAAAGCGAUGUCCGUCUGUACCACGGGGAAAUAUUUUGGGGGGUUUUGUGCAGGGCCGGAGUCAGUCGGAGAAGAGAAUAUUAACCCCUGAUUUCCUCAGGAUGUACUGAACGUGAUGUGGUGCCCAGGAUAGAAUGGCAUGACUGGUGCGGGGUGGAAUUCAAAUCUGUGAUCUCCAAGCCAUUGGCAGAGCUGUCAACUACAAAAUAUAACAAGCACUAGGCGGCAAGCUUAGGCUUGCAGAUAAGAUGGAACAAAUUGACCAAGAUCGGUUGGGUAGUUUAUCUUGUUGAUGAUGAGAUUCGUACGCUUGGCUACGGAUGUACAUGCACUUUUGUGUCUUGGGCUUUGUACAUGUGCAUUUGUGCUUGGGCUUUGUACAUGUGCAUUUGUGUUCAGGCUUUGUACAUGUACAUUUGUAGCUUGGACUUUGUACAUGUACAAAACCAAGCACAAAUGUACAUGUGCAUUUGUGCUCAGGCUCUGUACAUGUUCAUUUGUAGCUUGGGCUUUGUUCAUGUAUAAAACCAAGCACAAAUGUACAUGUACAAAGCCCAAGACACAAAUGUGCAUGUACAUCUGUAGCCAAGCAUGUACAUUUCAGCUUGGGCUUUGUGCCUUAAGUACAUUUGUAGCUUGGGCUUUGUUUAUGUACAAAACCAAGCACAAAUGUACAUGUACAAAGCCCAAGACACAAAUGUGCAUGUAGCCAAGCAUGUACAUUUCAGCUUGGGCUUUGUGCAUUAAGUACAUUUUUGUAGCUUGGGCUUGUGAUAAUCACUCUGAAAGGAAAGAUGGCUAAAAUAGAUCACAAUGCAAGUAGGUGGGAUAGAUUAGAUAAAUAACUACAAGUUUGUCAUGUAAACUUGGUACCAUGUUGUCAAGUUAAGUACUAGUAGUGGAUAAUCAGUUGUAAAAAGGUAAAGUACAUUUAAUUUUUUUAAUUUUUUUUCUAAUUGCAUUUUGGUACCGGUAAUUGAUCAAUGUCAAAUUUGUGGUCGAUGUAGCUUCAAUGAAGUUGUGUGGAAAACCUGUACUGUUUGUAUUUUUUAUUCGAACGAAUAAUAUGAUUUUGUACUCCAUAGUUUUACAAAGUUUUUGUGAAUCACUUGUUUGAUUUUAACUCUCAUCAUAGACAGUAGAAUUACAUAUCACGUCAAUCAGUUUUUGCAUCUAAUUUUCCCUUUAUGUUACCAGACUUGUUUGUUUUUGAACCACAUUCAGAGGCAUAACCAGAUGCACGCCCCCCCCCCCCCCCCCCCAUUCAUGCAAAAUCUUUUAAAAAAUUUAAUUAACCAUGAAAUUUUGGAACUCGCCAGGAACUUUGACGCUGUUAUGAUGAUGAUGAUGAUGAAUGAUGAUAACGAUUAUGUAGUACCGUGCCCAACAACCUAUACUGACGUCUUUAUUUGUACCUAGACUCCAGCUGAAUCUGAAGUAGCUUCAGAUUUUUCUGCAGCCUUUGACGAGAUUGCCAAGAGGUCUUGUGACUGAUCUACUCAUAGGGCGUGAAACUUGCAAAAAGGCAUGCCACUCUGUCACAGCCCUCCCAAUCCCACCCCUGUGCAUCCCUGUAGUCACAUAUGCAUGUCAAACAACAACUCUCUUUAGUCGGUUGAAAAUGUUUGAAAGUAUGCCACUGCAUUUUACUAACUCAGUUUAAGUCCAUAGAAAUUAGAGUUCUUGGGUAUUGAAUUCAAGUUGUUGGAGUUCAAAAUAAGCUCCUGGAUUUCAAAUAUAAAGCUCCUAUGGUGGAUUGUUUGGAUUUAGUGGAUCCUGGACAUUGGAUUUUGGAUGCUGGAUUCAACAUUUUAGUCAUUGGACUGCACCGCCUGGAUAUUCCAAUCUCCUCUCCAGGCAAUGAGAUUAGAUAGACUGCGCCAGUAUUGCUAUCAUAAUUGAGGUGCCUUAAGGGUAGUGUGUGCCACCGCUAUUUUGAACCCAAUUAAGGACCCUAUACCCCCCCCCCCCCAGCUGCUCGGUUGUGCUAAGCAGUUAUCACAAAAUCAUAAACGUGUGAUCUCUAAUUCCAAACCAGCCGCAGCCGAUUAGGCUGUGCUUUUCAUUUUUUUGAGACGAGAUUGGAAAAUCAGGCGGUGCAAUCCAAUGAUUUAAAAUCAAGAAUCCAGGCGGUGAAAUCCAAUGAUUGAAAAUGAAUCCAGCAUGCAAAUCCAGUGUCCAGAAUAUAGUAAAUUUGCGCACCCCCUGGAGUGUUUUAUAUUCUUGAGGAAAAUGGAGAAAAUACUGUCCAUGAUGGAUUUGAUGAACAUGAAGCGUGUAUUAUUGCACAGCUGCAAAGGGACAUUGGAUAGGGGGCGUACUCAGUCAGUGCUUGUUUCCUUGAGCUCGUGCUAGUGAAUGCAAAAACAAAGAAAUGACAAUCUGAAACUCCUGUCAUGUGUUUCUAACAUAUCUGGUUCAAUAAUUAAUCCAUCAAUCAAUUUAGUAGCCUUGAUGGUAAAACUCUCCUUGUAUCUUUUAAACUGUUCCUUAGAUAACUGACUUUGAUUCUUUUGCAAGAGACUACGAAAUUUUCCGUUUUAUUCACCUUGAAUACGAAAUAAUCCAAUUAAAAACCUAAUCUAAGUUGCUUGUAAUGCGUAACUUUUUCUCCUUUUGCGAUUUUCUCAAUAUCAUUCCUAUGCAUUGCUAACCAGAAUAAUUUCUUGUAUUCAGCUGCUAAAAGUUAAAGUAAAAGGAUGGCGUCAAAAAAUACGAAGACUGUCCAGUUUCUAUUGAGUGUGGACCUCACCAUUCUUGUUGGUAAGACCGCAUUCAUAAUUGCUAAUGCCUGCACGCAUAGCAUUCAAACUUGCUUUCCAAAAUUUACAAUUUAAUCUUCUCCUUUGUUAUUUCCUUUGUUAAAACACAGUAUCUCAUUAUAUAUUCUCUCUUUAUCCAAUAAAAAUAAUACUCAAUGAUUUUUUGAAACUUUGUGUUUACAGAUAGUUUUUCUCUCCUAUUCUGGAGUCAUUUUGGCAUUCUCAGCAUGGAGUAUGUGUAUAAGAUUAAGUCCUGAUGAUGCUUGCUAAUGAUUAUGUGCAUUCGGGUGUGAGAGCAACCCCCUCCCUCCCUCCCCCAAAACACAACUCCGGAUACAUUGUCAUUGGGGGCCUCAUGCAUAUUGCCCUGUUCUAAGGAAAUGCAUGUUCCCGGAUCCCAGAAAAGGUAUUUUGGCCAUAUUACUUUAUUGGAGUGGUAAUUAAAUCUUCCCCUGAGCGGUAAUUAAAUCUUUUAAAAUGUUGUGUUUAGCAAAGCAAAUUGCAUGGAAAUUCUCUAUUAUAAUAGCGGUACAGUUAUAGGCUUUAGGUUUCCCUAUCUAUAAUGCCUUGAGCACUGCUUCUAACAAUAUGUCCUGCAAUUCACCCUAAAGACUUCAGAUGGCCACAGAUUGCCAGGUUGUCAUGGCAGCUCCGUGUAUCCCUGGAAAACGUUGUCAUUGAGUUUUUUUGUGCAGGGACAGGUUCGUCUGAUUUUUAACCUUUUCUGGUUGAAAUAGUACCAACACCAAAAAAGCUCAGCACUGCACUGUAUUCCAAUUAUCUCCAUUCUAUCAAUGAACAUGUACAUGUAUGCUAAGAUAGCGAACAUACAUAAAUUAAUGUUUUCAAGAUCUUGAUAAGCGCAAAUGCCACAGAUGCUAUAACUAUAAAAAUACACUAAUGGUAAAAAUCUCGAAUAAACAGAGCCACCUGAUAAGCCACUCGACACCAUGAACUAAUUAACUGCUGUCUGAAAUUCUCUCCGGGUAAUUUAACCUAGCUAGAUAACGUAAUUAAUUAAUCUCGAUAAAAGGCCACAUCUGAUAACCUUGAACUGGUUUCAAUUUAGGAUAGUUGGUGACAGAACUGUCACUAUUUUUAGACAUUUUCUCACUGUUCUGAAUUUUGUUCGUUCUUUUUUGAAUAUUUUAGCAUUUACAUGUACUCUCAUUCUUUUUUCAAAGGUCCAUUAUCAAGAAUCGAUAAAGGCUAUGAUCUUUAUGAAGUCUUUAUCAAUCCUCGAUUGUAUUCUACAAAGUACUCUUUUGCUGUGUAUUUCAACCUCAAGAAUUGUUUUUCGAAAAAGUGAAAAACAAGAACAGUAAAUCUUACUUAUAAUUGCAUAUACAAUAGAACCUCUCUAUUAAGGACACCCUCGGGACUGACAUAUGCUGUCCUUAUUAGAGAGGUGUCCUGAUUACAGAUGUCGAAUUGAAUGGAAACAACCAAUUUUGGACCAAUACUAGUGUUCUUAAUAGAGAGGUUGUCCUCAAUAGAGAGGUGUCCGCUAAGGGAUGUUCCACUGUAGAUUAUUCAGACCAGCCAGAUUGAGAGAGAAAAAACCUAAAAAGUUCAGUUCAUAGAUAUCGGCUAGUGUUUCAACUCAGUUAACAACAAUCAAUAAGCCCUGUCCUCGGUCAAAGUUAACCUAGGAAUUUGAUAGUUCAAUAACCUUUCAGUGCAUAUAAUAUGUGCAUGUUUCAUUCAUUGAUUGACAUAAAUUUUCGUAGAUGAAUAAUGUAUGGAAGUCAGCCAGUCAGGUAUGCAAUUUUGACAGUAUUGAUUGCCCAGGGAAAGUCGUCCUCAUUAUAUAUAACUAUCAUACAGGGUGUAUCAAAAAAGUGUAAACUGCCUAUUAUUUAUGCAAUGAUAAAUGCAGCAAAUCCCAAAAAUGCAACUGAAUGCUAUUUGAAAAGUCCUCAUUAAUUCGGGCUCUGGGAGUGCAAACUAAAGAAAAUUAGUUGGUAAGAUUGUACAUUAUGUAACAUUUUGAAGCUAAAUAUAAAUAAUGUUCUCUUUCAGGCAUUUACACUCACUGGGUCUAUACUCCAUACAGGAAAGAUAUAUUAUCAACAUUUUAGUUGAUUUACCACUUAAUACCUACUCACUCUACACCUCAAGGGCAUUCAGCUAACCACUUAAUAAUCCCCACAACAAAAGUUUUUAAAAAAACCCAUUCCUUUGAACUGUUAUGGAUUAAAGUUUAUGAAUGUUUUGAAAUACAUGUGUUGCUGUAUUUAGCCAUGUGAAAUUUGAUAAAUCAGAUUUUUCCUUUUUUAGAGUGGUUCCAGAUCAUGUUCCCCGUUCACCAUGGAUAGUAUAAAAUUCCGCACCUUGCCGAGAAUGAGGUGGGCCUUCCAGCUUGCUGAGCGGCGCCUUCCAGCUUGCUGAGUGGCACCUUCCAGCUUGCUGAGCGGCCUGUCGUGGGAGCAGAGAAAUUUUUUCAAUAAUAUUGUGAAAGUGAACGAUUGCAGAGUAUACAUGAGCUGAUAUUGUGUGUGCACAACGAAAGAACCCGCUGGGCAAUUCACCCCAAAAUUUAAUGCAUGUGAUGUUCGGGUGUGUCCUAGCCACCAGAUGGACGCAGGUUAUUUUCAAACGAGUGGGCAUUUUGGCUGUUUUUCUUGGGAUGCAAACAUUUUCCCAGGCCUCUUCCAGGCACGACCACUAAACACUACUUGGAAGGCCUGCCUUGAAUCACAAGAUUAUGAUAAGGUUCUCGGUCGGUUUGGGGACUGAUUCUCCAGGGUGCAGUGGGUGCAAGUAUGAGGCGGUCAGUGAUGUCUGCACAUUAUGGGGUGUAUGGUAAGGUGGUACAAUUACAGCGCUGUUACAAUUAUAGCCUAUGUGUGCAUUAGUGUGUUAAACCAGCUGUUUUUCACACGGUUUGGGCUAUGAUUGUACCAAGACUAUGACUUGCUGUACCACUUUUUCCUUAUCAAGACAUGUAUUCUGCCCUCAUGUUGAUGCACUAUGAAGGAUCCUUAUCAACUGUUGAGCGAGAGAAUACAUGGUUUUAUGUUGUACCCAAUAAUAGUUCGUUACUGCAUCUCGUUGGACGUGGUGAUUCAAUCCAGGCCCUAUCUGUCCCAUAUCUGAAAGCCUUGCAUAGUUUUCUUCCACAUUUAGCAUGUUUACUAAACUUGGUAUGUAACAUUUCCCUUUUGAUUAAUGCAACGGUCAGUGCUGAACCUUGUACCCCCUAUACCUGUCGGUUUCAUCACUUUUAAUAGAAAGUUACUUUUAAACAAUUUUGUUGCGUGUAACACUUGUGGAAAAUAUAGUAAACUUCAUUUAAAGUCAUGGCCGUGUGUCAAAUCCUGACCGGAGAGACUACCAAUAGUCGUUGAAGUGUGGAUUGCUUGAAUAGGGGGACACAGUGUUUAAAUUGAGCGCUGCAUUUAAAACUAUGACAUUACAUAUAGUUUAGGUUUCGUAAUUAUCCCCCCCCCCCCCCCCCCACACACACUUAUCGAGAAUCACAUCAACAGACAUGACAUGACAUUCUCUUGUUUUCCUUCAAUUCGCAUGUCUAGAAAAUCAAAGCAAAACAGUCCAAGCGGAAAACUUUAAGGGACAAAUUUAUGAGCAGAAAGAAAAAACCCAAAAAGACCUUGUGAGGUAAGAGGGCAGCAUGUUGAAUGGAAAUAUGUACACCUGUGUUUAUGUCACCCUGGAGAAUCAGUUCCCCAGUUUGUUGAGAAUCAGGCAGGCUUUCCAGCUUGCUGCGGAGCUGGCCUGUCCUUGGAAAGAAGAAAGUUAUUCAAUAAAAAUAGAAAAAUUGUCUUCUUGGAGUCUUUCAACAAAGAAUUGUUGUGUUCAUAUGGUAAUAAUAAGGAUACUCAAGAAUGAUUUGCAUCGCAUUGAUUUUGUGCGUGCAUGCAUAACAGAGUAACCUGAGAAACCAGGUUGUUCUCAAAUUGACUGAUGUCGGAAGUACACACUUUGGCUAUUUUUCCUGUGAUGCAGUCAUUCUCCGAGGGCUCAAGCAGCACUAUCCAGGGCAGGCUGCUCGGUAAGCUGGAGUACCCAAAAUUAAGAUAAGAUUCUUGGCAAUCUGGGAAACUCAUUCUCUAGGGAAAUUAUGGCUAACAUUUCAGGAUUUCACAUGUUUUUCCGGCUUGAACGGCAGCCUUGGUCAUAUGGUGUAUGGCACUGAGACCUGUUGGAUGUUGGCCCGGGUUGGCUAUUUUCAAUGCAAUAAGCAGCAACGUGAAAAUUUUGAAAGUGUAAAAUUUCAUGUUUCUAAAUGAUUAGAAAAUGAUGGCAGCACCAUGCAGUGUGUCUAAAAACUUGAUGUGCUUUGCCUACUUUGUUGUUGAACUUAUAUUUUAUUCAGAAAUUGUGUGGCACUGUGUCCUUAGUUUGCUGAGAAAGCUCCGAGAUCAUGUCAUCCGUUCUGUGCCCUCCACCGGACCUGUAAGAUGGUGAUUUAGAUUUGCUGGACUUGCUAGAGAUAGGAUAUGUAAUGAAUAAAUAGAAUUGCGAGAAAUCGAUUUAUACUGAUUAAAAGAUUGAAGGGGCAGUGCACAUUCGACAAUAGACAGCUAUGCAGUUUAGACACUAUAAGUACUAGAUUUGCACAAUUUAGUGUCGUUGGGGUCUGCUUAAAGGUAGGCUCCCCUGUAGUUUUUGUAAUUACUUGUGUUCACUAUCAUCUCACUUCACAGUCAUUGUGCACUGCAAGUAGAACACAUGUAUAACGACAUGUAUUACAGUCCUAAUCACAAAUGACAUCCAUCCUGGUUCACGUCAACGUACGCGCAAGUUGCGCAUCAAUGACGCACCACUGAUGCUCUUUUCUCUGCGUUUUGUGUAAAUUAUGCUCUAGCUACGCACUCAUGCAGUAACGCGUCAAUGACGCGAAUUUAGAGAUAACAAUUGUGAUUUGGACUGUACCAAAAACCUAUACCUUAAAAAAACCUCUUCUUCAAAGACAAGAAAUACGGCAUUACUUUCAGUCACUGAAGAUCGAGACCCGUUUACCAAUUCGAUCAAUUCUUGUUUACAUCAGAAGAUAUAUUAUUCCCAAUGACACCUCAGCGAUAAAACAGACUGUAUCCUAACAACGUGGCAAUUAUUUGUCUUAUGAUGCUGAACUGCAUUUACUCUCUAGGUCCCAAAUCCAAUUCAGCCUUUCAGUUAUGCGAUUCAAAACCAGGGGCAUGUCGCACAGGAGAUGAGCCUAAAUGACACCAGGAGAUAAUGGAAGAAAUUGAUGUUCUCAUAUUUCGCAAAAGACAGAGAAAUGAACAAACAGUCCGUCUCAACCUGCCAAACUCAGAGCGACAUGCACCUGGCUUUGCUGUGACAUGCACAUAUAUGUACUCCGUUGAGGACUUGAAUCGGUGCCACAGUUGACAGAAGUUCAAACAAAAUGUCCAGCUUUUGUAUCUGCUUACGCAUGUGCAAGUAUGUCUUGGUUUCUUACCAAUGCGGUUGGGUAACUGGAGACAAAAUCUGAAAGUUUUGUUCCAACUUUUAGUGAACGUGGGCAGGCUGGCUUCACAGAGUUAUUUCCAGGCCCCUCCCUGCUCUGUCUCUCAGAUGGUGGCAUAUCAAAAGGAGACUCUACACAGAUAGUGGUCUCCAGGUGACCAUUGAUUUUGGUUUUUUGGGAACUGGGUUUGGUUUAAAAUAUUUCAUGAUCGUUAGGUGUAAGAUAGGGAAGUUGUUGUCUAAAUUACAAGCGUCCACCAACGUUUGUUGCCAUCUUCGAUUUGGAGAGAGUGAGAAGGCUUCUCAAGUAGUUACUCGAUGAUUGUUAUUUCAGACAAAAAUCCCUCAUCUUUCCCUUAGGUCCGGUUGUUAGAAAGCAUAUUAGCUUAUAACAUCAUGUUGACAUGUUGUUUCAUGUACAUCAAUGCACAUGUAAAAACAUGUCGGCAUGAUGUUACUAGCUAACAUGCUUUCUAAAAACCGGACCCCGGAUGUCAUGACGUGCUGAAAAAGUGACAUGUCCCAUGGCCUGCUUAUUUCAUUAUGAAAACUAAAUCUUAUUUUGAUGACUUUAAACCUAAUAAGGCUCCAGUAAAUAAUGUUUAGGGUGACAGAAGUUUGUCCGAAGUUGAUAAGGCAACAUUUUAUGUCGGCUUAUUAAAUACUUAGAACUUAGUUUACUACUUUCGUUGAAGUUGGUGACAAUUAUAAUUCAUUAUUAUACAAGCCAAGUUUGAUUUGUCGUAACUGCACAAUGGACACAUACAUUUCAAGCUGUAUUUAUGAGUGGGUCACUUUAUUGAAAUGUUAAAGCACCAAGUUGGUGACAUUAUCAUGAUGUUUAAUAUAUACAAUUUUCUACAUGUUGUUAUUGAGGACAAGAUAUACUCUAGUUUCACGGCUCCAAGGCUGUUUCAUUAAUUCAGGGCAAAACUGCCCCCAUGACCUCAUGACCAUCAGACAAGUUUGACGCUAUUUAAAUUUAGUAUGUGUGUAUGUAUGUAUGUGUCACCCAUGGUCCAAAAAUCAUCAAUCCCAGAACAACUAGAAUGUCAUUAAACAAACAGGUAGUUUGGCUUUGCUUGAAUAUCCAGGAACAAUCUUACAUCCCUGAGACUGGAGUAUCACUUUUAAAAUAGGUGGCUUAAAAAUUUUUAUUUUCAUAAUAGUGUAGAAACUGAAGACUCUGUAUAUAUCGCAUUUCUUGAGUGUGUGAACAAAUUACAGAUGGCUGUUACUGAAAUAUAUUUACAGAGCUCCUGUAUCAUUGAAGAGCUGGUUCUAGGGUGCAUCAUAAAAUGAACACAAACAUGCUACCUAUUGUUUCUGUUAACUUUUUGAUGUAUCACUGUUGUGCCUGCUCAGGUAUACAACAAAAAGAAUUGAAGGACCAUCAGUACUCUGUCUGUCAAAUUUGACUCUGCCAUGAUGCCAUACUUUGUGUAUUGUGUACUCACCAUAGAAAAUCAAUUCCCCAGAUAUCCGAGAAACAGGCAAGCCUGCCAGCUUGCUGAGAUGGCCUGUCAUGGGAAAGGAAAUGUUCAUCAGUAACGUAGGAAAAACUGUUCUGUUGGAGUCAUUCAAUGAAAUAUUGUUGUGUUCAUCUGGUAAUAAUAGGGAAUAAUAGGGAAUCAGUGGAGUAAUGGUUAGAGCGCCGGACUCAUAACCGAAAGGUCGUGGGUUCGACUCAGGUUGGAACCACAAUACUGAUUCAGUGUCCCUGGGCAAGACACUUAACCCUGCAGUUGCCUCCCUCCACCAAGGAGUAUAAAUGGGUACCGGUCUGAAAGGAUCAAGUGAACGCUGUAUGAGUUGCUCCUUGAGUUCCCCUGAAAGGUUUCAGGAGAGACUGGGUAAUAAUGUAAAGUGCUUUGAGCGGGCGAACAGCCUGGAUACUGCGCUAUAAAAAUCCCAACAUUAAAUAAGGUUCUUCAAGUAUGAUUUGCAUCACAUGUCGAGAGAAAUACACUGGCACAUUUGGUUUGUCUCGUGGAUGAUUGGAAAAUAUUUCAUUUUUUCUUGCGAUGCAGCCAUUCUCGCGGGUCUCAAACAGCACUUUCCAGGGAAGGCUGCUCAAUAAGUUAAAGGGCCUGCUUCGAGUACCCAAGGUUAAAGGUGCACUUCUAAGGCAGCAGCAGAGGGGCUAAUUUGGCCAUCUUCAAGUGACUAGUAUACACAGUAAGGGCCCUUGAUCAUGUCAGACUUAGCACUAAAUAUAUCCCUCGUACAAGCGUAAAUCAUUUCGACGUACUGUGAGAUGUGAGAGCCAUCUAUUGGUGUAUUUGUGUAUCUUUAUCUUGCCUGCCUAGCUGCUGCCUAUAUUGUCCCUUUAAGUUAAGAUUCUCGGCAGUCUGGGGAACUUUGGUAGUCCAGGGCGAUUAUGUUAGUGAAGGAUUUCCAGAAGAGUUAUCACAUCUAUUCAGUGAGAAUACUCCGACAUUUCUUACUUCAGCAUAACAUUCAUUUUAGACUGUAAGCUUGUUAGUGUCGUUUGGAAGUGUUACAGUUAAAAUCACGUUGCAAUGAUCAAAUAUAUCGGUAUAUCUUUUACAAGUUUUCUUCAUCGAUUCUCGUAUUGUUGACAGCAGUUAUUAGAGUUGUUCUUUUAUAUCAAAAUUAUUGUAUUAUGCAUUACGUUGUUGACGUGGUUCAUGUUAUGGUUGUAAGAAUGAAAAGGAGUCAUCAGAAUGUGAUGUAGAAUUCACGAGACAUUUGAUCCCACAAAAGAGAGCUUUCUGUUAAAGGAGGAGUUGAAGAAUUGUUUAUUCUGGCCCAGCACUCAUUGAUACCAAGUUCCUGUAUAGAAGAGCAUGGAUUUAUAGAAGAUGCAUCUGGAAAGUAUGUACAUUAACAGGACUGUGUUGCUGUCAAUAGCAUGGGGCAGCUAAUCCUUUAAACUAUAGGAGGGUAAUUACCCAUUUAAGGAGUAGUAGUUGGAUUUACUGUCAAGCUGCAUUUAGUAUGGGCCAGGUAAAUAAAUCAUGCUACUCCUCCUUUAAGUUUAAAGUAGCUAAUCCUUUAAGCUUAAAGGAGAGUAAUUGCCCAUUAAAGGAGUUGUAGCUGGAUUUGCUGUCAAGCUGACCACAUGAUAACCAGAAAGAAUUACAAACUGUGUUUUAAAAAAGAUGGCCAUCAACAGAGCUAUUUCAUUCGAAGAGUAGGCUAAUCUGAAAUGAUGGAGUGAUAAUGGCUCUUGAUGGAUUGAGAUGUGAUAUCUGUUGAACUUUUAGGAAUUAUUCAAUUCCCACUAGGGAAGAAACAGCCUUAAAGGGGUACGCCUUUCAUUAUUACUGGUGGUCCAGGAAACUAGAAAUGCAGUUCUAUACAAAGCUGUGGCGUUAGAAAUAGGAAAUAGAUACAGUUAGACCAACAGUAAAUUGGUGUGAAUGAAUGGCCUACCCCUUUAAUGCCAUAGAUUGUUCCAUCUAUGAAAGAUAUUUGUGAAGUUUUUACAUAAGAGGUGACCAGCAAUGCCAUUGAUUGUACCUUGUGGAUGAUUAUGGAAGUUGAUUGUGAUGUUUGUACAUAAGAACAAAUAAAUGUGAUGAAGGCAGCCAGUGAUCGAACUGUA